AUGUCUACCCCAACCACCUACGCAGCAUGGACCGUUCCGGCAACAGCCACCAAGCUGUCUGACCUAACGAAGCAGGAAAAGGCCAUCCCAACCCCAGGGCCCAAACAAGUCCUCCUCAGGAUGACCGCAGCCUCCCUGAACUACCGCGACGUCCUCGUCUCCACCCGCUCCCCCCAAUACCCAGGAGACCAUAAACCCGACCUCGUGCCCGGCUCCGACGGAGCCGGCAUCAUCCACUCGACUGGCGCAGGCUCUAUCUGGAGCGAUAAGAAAGGACUCGCAGUCAUGUUCAACCAGAACGGGUGGCUGUCGGGAGACUUUUGCAACCUGGACUUUGCCACGAUCCUAGGCGGCACGAGCCAGGAUGGCACGUUGCAAGAGUAUCUUGUGCUGCCUGAUGAGUGGAUUGUCGAGCAGCCAAAGAACUUGACGGCAGUUGAGGCGGCCUCUCUGACGACGGCUGGGGCGACGGCUUGGUCUGCGAUUCGUGGGCAGCUUGAUGGAAGGCUGGAUGGGAGUGUUGGAGAUUGGAUCGGGGGCUGGACUGAUAGGAGAUUGGAAGGGAAGUGGGUGCUUACCCUGGGGACGGGUGGCGUUAGCUGUUUUGCGAUCCAGAUUGCUUCGGCUCUUGGUGCGACGGUCAUCGCUACUUCCUCUUCGGACAGCAAGCUCGAGAUCGCGAAGAGUCUCGGCGCGACGCACCUCAUCAACUAUGUCACCACGCCGGAUUGGGACGAAGAAGUCUCUAGAAUCACUGGCGGCAAGGGCGUCGAUCACGUUAUCGAGACAGGUGGUGCAGGCACGUUGAUGAAAUCCAUCAACAGCACCCGCGUCGGCGGUUUGAUCAGCAUGCCAGGUGUUUUGACACCGAACGCGCCUAUCGAUGCGGCUUUUGUCCCAAGUAUCUUAUUUACUGCAAAGACUGGUAAGCCUUUGACCAUCUCUCCUGGAUCACAUGCCAAGUAUGCUGACAACGAAAACACAGUAAAAGGAUGUUGCGCCUUCCCGCGUAAUGCAGUUGUCGAACUAGCGCAGUUCGUUGAAGCGCACGGCAUCAAGCCAGUGGUGGCGCACGACUAUCCUUUUGACCAGACGGUUGAGGCAUUUGAGAUGAUGGCGAAGCAGAGCGCUGUGGGCAAGAUCGCUGUCAAGAUUGGCGAUGGCACAGUCUACGCAUACCAACACAAAUAUUCGAAAGCGCUCAUUGCAGUAAAAACUCCUAUUGCGUACAACACUCCUUACCAUGCAUCUCAAGCAGCUAAACGCAUCAAAGAAGAAAUCGCAAAUCUUACCAUCCUCGGUCAGCAUGAGCACAUCGCCGGAAUGUUAGCAUGGUCGCAUAACCAUCAUCCCGCGGCCCCAGCAAUCUUCCUUCCAUUCUGCGAGCUAGGAGAUCUUCUUGCAUACAUGGCCAGCUAUAAAGAGCAGCAACUCCGGCAUUCAAAACUCAUUAUACGAACACCCGAAGUCACAAUCUGGAAGUGUCUUCGCGACAUGGCCCUUGCUCUAGAUUACUUGCACAACAUGAACGACGAGUUUGGCUACAUACACAACGACGUCAAACCAGACAACAUCUUGGUCGAAUUUCCCAAAGGCUGGAAUCCAAAAGAUGGGAUCCCUGAUGAGCCGGUAUUCAGAUUGACCGACUUCGCUCGCAUGACACGAUACCCUCUACCCGAAGGUGAGAAGCCCAAAAAAGAUUUCCUUGGCACACCCGAAUGGGCACCACCAUUAGCCGAACAAGAGAAGCAGCGGCCGUCCGUUGAUAUCUGGGCUCUGGGUGCGACCUUACAAACGCUCGCUUUGAGAAUAUAUCCUGUCCAAUCGCGGGAGGCUUUCGUCGAGAGUCGGAUUAAGGCAAACAAACCCGCGCCUAUCCUGAUUGACGACGGCGCUUGGAAACAACUAAAAUGGCGAGGAACUGAUAAAUCACCACGACGUCCGUAUGUCCAUCUGCGCCAACGGCGCGGACGCGUACAGCGCUUGGAAGCAUUGGCCAUACACUAG